AUGGGGCUGUUCGACAAGCUGGCGAACAUGUUGAAGAUGAAAAAGGAGCAGAUCAACAUUCUGGUCGUGGGGUUGAAUAACAGCGGAAAAUCAACGAUUGUGAACCACUUCAAAAACCCCAACGAACGUACCUCGAUCAUCGUCCCGACGGUGGGAUUCAGCGUGGAGCGUUUCGAGAUCGGCCUGGAAGGAGUAUUUUUCACUGCAUUCGACAUGUCCGGUGCUACGAGAUACCGCAGCCUCUGGGAACAUCACUUCAAAGCAUGCAAAGGAAUUGUGUUUGUAAUUGAUUCAAGUGAUCGUAUGCGCUUAGUGGUCGUAAAAGACGAGUUGGAAAUACUUCUACAACAUCCAGAUAUUGCGAACCGGCGGGUGCCUAUUCUUUUCUUUGCUAAUAAAAUGGACUGCACGGAGGCGUUGUCAAGCGUGAAAAUUGCGGCUGGAUUGGGUUUGGAGAAAAUCAAGGAUAAACCCUGGCACAUCAGUUCGAGCAACGCACUUACAGGCGAAGGCUUACAGGAUGGCGUGCAAUGGAUGGUGCAUCAGAUCAGAGAGUGUGUAGCGAAUAGUAAAGAACAUAGGUAAAAAAUGAAAUAUACAUUAAA